GGAAAAUUUGUUUCGUUUUGGGCACUCCCACCCCUGUUAAUAAUUUUCUGUAGGAUCUGGAGUGAGUGACUAAUACGAGUAGAUUUGCAGGGGCCUGCGUUUCUGCCUGGAAUCGGGGUGGAGGCAACUAAGGUUUCUUAAGUUGAAAAUAUUAUCUUCACACUCCCCAGACCUGCGGUCAUAAGAGCCUCCGAAUAUUUACUAUUUGAAUUUCUAAAUGAUGGUUUGCUGCUCUAAAUCUUUUUUUCCAGUAAGUGGUCAUGAUGUCUCUCUAGGUUCAUUGUUGCAAUAUGAGAUUAACUGAUAACCUCUUUAGCGCAGCAGUUAAAAAAAAAAACCCAGAUUCUAAUUUAGGGAAUUUAAUUGUACUAGUUACUAGAAACAGCAAGGAAUUAAUACCGCUGCUAAUGUUUGUUGGUUACAUUUUACAUUUUGCUAUUUUGUUUCCAUGCAUGCCGGGUAUUCCAAACAUUGAGCACAUAGUCAUUUAAUUCUUAAAACAACUUUAAUGAGGGUAGGCACUGUUACUACCCUGGUAAUAGAUGAGGCUCAGGCGCAGAAAGAUUAAAUAACUUGCUCAGGUUACUCAGUAAAUUGUGGAGUUAAAAUACCAACCCAGGCAGUCUGACUCCAGAGUGGAUGCUCUUAACCACUGCACUAAAACUGGUCAAACCACAUUGGUGUGAAUCCAGUUUUCCUUUUUAGGUUGCAAGAUUAUGUAUCUCAACAUUGAGCAACUUUUUAUGCCUUUAUCACUCCAUUUUUGAGACGUUCUUUAGGCAUAAUCAAAACUAAAUACCUAUUGAGCAUCUGCCUUGCAAAGGUUGCUGUAAUAAGGGCUGUGGGUGAAAUAUGAUUAAGGUAUAAUCCUCUCCUUAAGGGUUUUGAAAGUUAAAAAAAAGUUUAGUAGGCAAGUAAUCAUACAAAUGUGAUUAUUAUGUGACAGUCCAAAAGAGAGGGAUUAGAUCUGGUUUGUAUUGUUUAAGAAAGCCUAUUUGGAAUACUUGGUGUCUUGAGAUUAGCUCUAAAUGAUGAGUAGAAAUUUUUUUUAAAGUAAGAUUGAGAAGGAGAGUAUUAUUAGUAGGAUGACUAGCAUAAGCAAAGUUAGAUAGGAAAGUCAAAGGUGUGUGUGGAGGAACUGUGAGUUUAACUGGGGCUGAGGAUAUGUAUCAGAGAGUGGUAGGAACCAGGACUGUGAAAUUAGUAUUCUGGAAGGCUCAAAUAUCUAAAGAGUUUAUAUGUAAUUCAGCAAACAGCACAGAGCCAUUCGAACCUUGGCUACACAGGGAAUUAUCUGGGGAGCACCUCCAACCCAGGCAUCAGUGUUAUUUCUACACUCCCCAAGUGUUUUCCAUAACUAGUGUUGAGAAUCACUGCAAUUAUGACUUCAGAGAGGAAGAAGAAGAUUGUUAUUGGCGCUGUGUAGAACUGUGCAGGAUAGAAAUGAGAGACCAGCAUACCAUUUGGGAGACUAAUGACCUAAAGCGAUUCCUGUAUAAGAAAUUACCAAGUGUUGAAGGGCUUCAUGCUAUUGUUGUAUCAGAUAGAGAUGGAGUACCUGUUAUUAAAGUGGCCAAUGAUAAUGCUCCAGAGCAUGCUUUGAGACCUGGUUUCUUAUCUACAUUUGCCCUUGCAACAGACCAAGGGAGCAAACUUGGACUUUCUAAAAAUAAAAGCAUCAUCUGUUAUUAUAACACCUACCAGGUGGUUCAAUUCAAUCGUUUACCUUUGGUGGUGAGUUUCAUAGCCAGCAGUAAUGCCAAUACAGGACUAAUUGUCAGCCUAGAAAAGGAACUUGCUCCAUUAUUUGAAGAAUUGAGACAAGUUGUGGAAGUUUCUUAAUCUGACAGUGGUUUCGAUCUAUACCUUAUCUUCAUUAUAACAAACACAAUACAGAGUAUCAAUCCAGAAAUCUGUAGAUCACAACAAUACUUGUAUCAAUGUACACAUGAAAGGAGCCCCUUUCUACCUUAUACUAAAGAAAGAGCCUAUAGAUAUAACUAACGGACAGAUUGAUUGUCAUCUUUUCUUGUGUAAGGUCUUUACUUAGUGAUAUCUGGAAAUGCCACAAAUACAGUUCAGUCUGUCACAGCUCCCAUGGAGUUAGUCCGGUCACCAAAUAUGCACGAGAUUCUGUUUGGUGGGUCAGAAUCAAAAUGGUAUUUUGAACCACUUGAGCCGUUAGGUGUUCCCUGUUGUACAGUAUGCCCAGGCCUUCAGAAUGAAGCAGGCCUUUUUUUAUUGUGAAAAAUAAUGACGUAUUUUUUCUUCAUACUGUUUUACUUCUUUGCAUUGAGUGUGAGAAAGAUAAAAUGGCUUAGUAAAAGUAAUAAAACCAGUACAAUCACUAACUUUCCCAUGUAUAUAUUAUUUUGCAGUAUAGAUGAAUAUUAUUAAUUGAUUUGAUUCUUCUCAGAGGGUGCUGCUUUUUAAUGAAAAUGAAAAUGAUAGCUAAUGGGUUUUUCUGCUUUAUAUAACCCAUCAGUGUUUUAGUGUUUGUGUGUUCUUUAUAAAAUUAGAUAUGAUUUGUUAUCAAACUGUUUUGAAUGUAAGUAUGUAUGUAAAUGAUAGUACAACCAUUUUUUUCAUACAUGAGUAUAAAUAAAAUAGUAUUUUUAAAAGUAUAGUUUGAGAACUAAAAAGGGUUUUUUCUCCCUGACUUCUUUCAAAAGUUUAAAGAAUAUAAUUAACUGAGUUCUUUCAUGAAUAAGCAGAGGUUUCUUGUAGAUAUUGGUUUGGUGACUGUUCUACCAGCAGAAAGUGCCAGUAGGAAAGUAAACCUCAUCCAUGAGCCUGAUUCGUUCAGCAUGAAAGAAGCAUCUCAGCUGUCCAGGGUGCCCUUUACAUUGAAGGAUGCAGCCUGUCGUAGCUCCAGGUGUUUCCUCCUAGGUUCUCUGCAGUCAUUUUGUCACUGGUACGGUGCAGUACCGUGCACCAAGCGCUUGUGUGUACUGGUUAUGAGUGGUCACAUGGCAGAGUUCUAAGGAGCACAGUUCAUGUUGUACUUCUGUGCUCCAGGGGUGCGUGUGCCUCUCACAUGGAAUGUGUGUGGAUGCUCUCCCUAGAGUUGUGCAGUGAGGCAGGCAGCAGGUUCGCUCCCUCCCUCCUGUCUUCCUGUACAAAUAUGGGACUGAAUUGGUACUUCCCUUUACAAAAGUUAAAGCUUGGUGAAUAGCAGCACAUGGGAAAUGCUGUGAUAAAGCUGUGCAUAGGAUGCUGUACAAACAAUAGGAGCAUUUAAAUUGGGCAACAGCCUUUACACAGAAAAAGAGGCAAGAGAGUAUGUUUUACCUGCAGGGAGCUGUAAGUAGUUAGUUGUUAAAAUCCAAUAAAGCAUUUGACAUACUCAAUAAAAUCUAGAAUUUUAAUUCUUUGGAUUGUUUAUAGUGUCUAGGCAAUUGUUACUAAGGUGGUGAUGCAUUAAAAAGAUCUUUUAUGAA